GCCAUAAAGUUUUCAAGGAUGGACCAGCUCCAGAAUUGCUUCCAACCCGACAUCCUAGGGUUGCCUCAUAUCUCACUUUUGCCUCCACCCACUGGGUCUCCUCAUAAUGCUCAUGCAAAACUGAUUAAAGUGGGGGAGAAGAGUUUAAAUCAUGCAAUUUCAGAGGAAGAGAUGAAGAUCCGGCGAGAAAUUGAGAGAGAGAUAGAGAGAGAUUUAGAGGAAGAGAUUAAGGGAGGGAUAUACCAGCAAGCUCUCCGGCUGCGCCGCCUUUAUCAGCACCGUAUAAAAUCUGGCGAUAUUAACCCGCCGGUUAAAACCAAGAAGGAGCUUUUGGAGGUGAAUAUCAGCAUCAAAAUGGAAGGAGGGACCAAGAUGGAAAUCAAGGAUCCGCCGCCGCCGGUGAGUUUCCGCCGGAGGACAGCUCGGUCCGACACCGCUUCUCGAACAGUACCGGAGGUGAAAAGGUUGGAUUGGGUGAAGUCUCUCCGGUCGAGUGCAGCACCGCCGGUUGUCGGGAAAAACGUUGGGUUUUAUCGCAAUAAAAUGCCGCCGGUGCCAACUCAUUAUCAACCUAAUUAUUCGUUUAAAAGAUUUUGAAAAUAUCUAAUUUUUAAAAAAAAUUAAAAUUAAUCUAUUUUGGUUUCAUUUGUUGUUCGGUUUGUAACGUCGAGGUGGCGUGUUUG